AUGGCCACUAAUGGCGGUAGGGGGUCGCCCAGCAGACGCAAAUCUAUCGCGGUAGCCAACCAGAACCGACCUCUUCAUCCAGGAAAGAAGCGGCGAGCACACUCUAUUGCACCUGGCGACAAGAUAAAUCUUGUUUCGAAGGCACGUCGGUCACUGGCUCCCCGAAAAAGUAUCCUCAAACCAGCAGUCAACAUUCCUGAGGAUGAUGAAGAUGCCACGCAAUCUAUGGAUCUGACCCAUGUUCACGAAAAUACGCAAAAAUCUCUUGCACGGCGUGUUAGCUUCGCAGACCGUGCACAUGUUCGGCUAUUCGAAACACAGGAACAAAAUACGAAUAGCACUGCUUCCCCUCAGUCCUCGCCUGUGCAGGAGGCAGUUGAGCGAGGCCCUACGGAUGAAAAUGCAUAUCCUGGAGCAAGCAAAUUCCAUCGCCGAAGCUCAAUUCGAUCCAUCGCUUUCAGCGAUGGUGCAGGAGAAGAGUCCAUGGAUAUGGACUCCGACGAUCCAGCAUUUAUAAUCUCGUCACCAGACAAACAUGACGAGGGUGGUCAGCAACAGACCCCUGCAGAUCAGUCCUAUACUGAAGAUGACUCCCACCAAUCUCAGUCAUUCGUAUCUGAAGGCGAUGUCACUCAGCCAAUGGAGUUCACUGUUCCACUCAUCCGUCCACCAGCCCCACCAAGUGAAGCCUGGCUUGCUCUUCGAUCAGUAACUCACUCUGGUGAAAUACCAUACGUUCCCUCAUCCGACGAAGAGGAUGAACAUGGGGAGCAAGACAUGGAGAUCACUCAUGCUCUCACAAGGCUCCAAGCAGCUCGUGAAUCCCUCGGAUUUGGAAGCGAGAUAGAUCUUGAAGAAUUUGGACAACCAAACGGCAGUUUCAGUAGCUCUGAAGAUAGUUUUGCGCAGGAUGGUGUGGAAAACGACGGCAACCAGACUAUCAAUGUCACUCAGCUCAUGCGCCGGGUUAGUCUUGGUGCUGGCAUCGAGGAUGACAAUUCUACUAUGGAUAUCACGUCCACAUAUGACAGUCAGGAGGAGCCUAGCAAGGACCAGUUGGACGUCACAGGCACGGACCUUUCAUCCCCUUCCGCGCAACCAAUAGCCAGACCUGCCGUAUUCAAACCAGCCCCGCCACCUGGGGAGAUCCUCAAUGCACUCCCACCCGUUCCACGACCUGCCGUGGUUCCCAAGCCAUUCUCGUUUUCCUUCACACCUCGCGGACAAACGCCAGCGUCACCAGCCCGCCAUCGUCCUCCUUCACCUACUAAAUCACCGAGCAAAGCCAGGUUUUCCGCAGCUUUUGCCCCUCCUGUUGCUCGUCCCUCGCCAAAAAAGAGGACCCAAAGCAUAGUCGACGAUUCAGAAUCAGAAGACAGACCCAGUCCCGCCAAAAAGCUAGCUGGUCCCGGGAAAUUAACUGCACCACUAAAUGAUUUCUCCAAGGAGCAACCCAUGCAAUCGAGCAGGCUUCCAAGGCUCUCCCCAAGCAAGAAGGCGGCGUUUCAAGUACAUGCAGAGCCGUUUUCUGGUCUGAGUAGACGCUCGUCUAUUGGAUUUCGCCGUCCCUCGGGACACUUCGCACAGAGGAAAAGCAUGGGGGGAGCGGCUCCCGCUGCUUCUCCUGCUCCAGCGAAGAAUGCAGCCGCGUAUAUCAACAAGAAGGGUAUUUCCCUUGCAGGGGAGAAGGAGGGAGCUGCUAGACAGACGACGGAGAAAGCAAGUAUCUUGGGGUCACAGGAGGAGGACCUUAGGGCUGAGACCACACCUGAACCGCUGCACGACUCUCCAACUAGAGAGCCUCCCGUCUAUGAGAUGCCAGGAAGGGCUUCCCCGGUUGCUGACCUGUUCAGGAAAUCGCCUGCGAGAGAGUCCCCCGCACUUCCUUUCCCUCGACCUCAAAGCCCUUCACGCAAUUCACCCCGCCCAUCAACACCGGUAACGUCAGACCUAACACCAUUAGCCCGCAUCUCCGAGGAGAUUUCUAACCCUACCGAGCAAUGGCGCGGUGAUAUUGCAGAAGGAGGCUUCCCUCCUGAAGAUGGCCCACAAAUCUCCAUAGAGCAAUUCUUCGAGAUGACCGGGAUACGGUUCAUGGAUGAGAUUGCUGCCCCCCGUCGCUCUACCGUGCACCCAUCUGCCCUUCGUCCUUCCAGACGACAGUCCACGGAAAGCGAGAUCCCUCUAUCUGAAUAUGUAGUCGCAAUGGCGGUCGGUGUGCCCCAGCUUGAGUUGUACACACACGUCAGUAAAGACCUGCAACUCUGGAUCGAGCGAAUCAAAGGCAUCUACAAAGAAGCAGAAGACGAAGCUCUCAAGAUGACUCCUCAGCUAUUCCAAGAAUUUGUGCUGGCGGAUGACGAAGGCCAGAAUGAGCUUCUCCAUCAGCUCAAGUUAAUCAAGGUCAACAAACAUACACAGGCCAAGUCAGAAUGGUACGAUUGGAAGAUGCAGUGGGUUGAGCAACUGUAUGAAAAGGCGGAUCAAGGGUUUCGAGAUCUUGAGGCGGAUGCUAAAGUUCUCGAAAAUAUUAUCCGUCAAGCCCAGGAAGUUGUGCCUGCUCUCAACGAGGAAUACGAGAAUCUUCUCCGCGAGUUGGAGCAAGAACAGGUCGACGUCGCUGAACUCGAGAACUGUGACCAAGAUUAUCUGAAUGAGCUGAAAGCGACCAUUCAAGAACAAAGUAUUGCGCUUGAAGCCUUCCGAGCAGACGUCGAUGAGGGUAAAGCCAAACUGGAUCGUCUACAGGAGAAGCUGGAGGAGAUUGAAACUCAGAAGCUUGAAACCACCAAUGCUAUCCAGAUGGCUGAGCGACAAGUCCAGGUGCAGAAAAACAGCACGCAUGUCGAGGUCUUCAGAUUGAAAGAUGAGCUGGAAGCCCUUCAAAAUCUCCACAUGCUGCAAGUCACAAAAAUCCUGCCAGAGCUUUUUGAAUUCAGAUAUGCGUCAUCCUACGAUGUCUCCGUCCCAUGCGAGCACUUUCGCCCACUUGUCAAGGAAGUUUCGAUCACGCGAGUCCAGAAUGCGAAGCUCAAGUACAAAGAUGCAUUCCCCGCUCUCAGCCCGUUGAUGCUAAAAACAGCGAGCUCACUCAUUACACGAUCCGAUGGAAAUCUCAGCAUCGUCGAACGUCUAGGAGACUACUGGUCUGCUUGCUCUCAACUGCUAGCCCAGCUAAAGUUGGUCGCGAUCAAGUACCCAGUCUCCAUCAUUCACGGAGAAGACGAUGAUUCGGGGUUUACUGCAACUGUAACAGUCAUGCUCCCCAGCAAGAAGGCGAAGGCCUUGAUAUCUUUCAUAUUUAACACUGGGACGUUCUCUUCUUGGCCUAUAUCGAUCCAAUCUAUGCAAUGCGAUGUCAAAGUUGCAUACGGCCCCGUUCAACGGGAUACCCUUCAAGAAGCCAUUCUUGGUAGACUAAGAGAGACUACUGUGGCAGAUAAUUAUGGUUGCCUCCUGGAUGCGUGCACAGUCGCCCUGGACUGCUACGCAUAA